UUCGACAAUUUACAAGUGUGAAUAUGGUGUAUUAGAGACGUUGGAACAAGGAUUAUUGACUCUGUUGUUGUUCAAUUGAAAAACAGUUGUAUUUUAAAAUAAACAACUUGUUAAACAUCGUAUAACUAAGUAUUUAUUGUUCCUGAUAAAUAAUAUAAUUAAUAUUUAGUAAGCCAACAUGAAAAAACAAAUUCUUAUGGAACGUCUGAAACGUCUUCAUGAUUAUCGUCAAGAGCUUGUUAAUGAAGAAGAAACGCUAAAAAAACUUCUUUCUCAAUUACAAGAGCAAGUUCAUGUACUUCAGGUUGAACAGUUUCAUUUAGCAGGACUUCUGAGAAACACUGAUGAUAAUAGCUCAGAGCCAGAAGAAGAAGAAGAUCCAUUACGUAUUGAAGAAUUAGAUCUUAAAGUGCCAACAACACACACUAUUGAUGAUUCAGAAGAAGAGGAAGAACAGGAUUAAAUAAAAAAACAUUUUUUAUAUAUUUAAGUAAUUAUUAUAAAUUAUAUUAUAAAUUAUCAAUAAUUGUAAAUAAUAACUCAUACAUAACCUAAA